AGCUCAGAGGGGUGAACAAUCUGCGUGUGUUUUAUGGACAUUUCCCAAAUCACCUGAGAAUAUUUAUAAAGUAGCUAAAUAACAAUUUUUCCUGACUUCUUGUGCUAGAAACCCUCUUUAUACUGUUUAGACGGAACCUUUUAUAUGCGGAACUAAAGGGCAGGCGUUUCGGUUCCCCCCCGGAAGCCUAUUUGAACGGAGACAGAUGGGGAAUGAAUUCCCGAAAGGACGCUCAGCACGGGCAAAGCAUAGUGUGUGAAGUCGCUGGAGUAACGCGGUAAUCCGGUUCAGCCUCGCCAUGGAGGAGGCACCUAAGGGAACUUUUGAAGAUGAGCUGGAAUGGUGCAUCCAACAACUGGAGAAAGGACUUCUGAGGCGGAAUCCCACCCCAAAACAAGUAUCGGAAGCUCAGCGUGUCCUCCAGGUCCUGCGCUCUCGGAAAGCUCCCUUUGUAAAGAAGCGUCAGAUGAUGAAUCAAGUGUUCGGAAACUACCGUUUAAAAAUGGCCGAAGAGCGAAAAGCUGAAGAAAAAGCAGCUACCAACUCCUCCGAUGCUCAGAUCCAAGAAGGUGCCUCUCAGGAUUCUCACAGCGUUUCCUAUAGGAAGUGUUCGAAGGACACGCCAGGCGGCUCCGGGAGCUGGUUCCCAGCAUCUAAUAAUUCCUUCAAGUUCAACUUCUGUCCAGAUGAGAAGGUUCCAAGCACCGACGGUGGGUCUGUGGACUCUGAGAAAAACCCUAAUGAACUUAUCAAAGCUAACGAUGUUGAACAGGGACGUGUCAUGGAUUCGGGUGAAAAGUCUGGAUUCUCCUUCAACUUCCAGAUACCCUGUGAUAUGGAAGCACCAUCGCAGAGCUCAGACUGUCAGGGUCGGGGCUGUGUUCAGGAGACCUCUGGGCCGCUCGCCGUUGGGUCAUCAUCUCCAGAGGAGACACAAACGGUGUCUGAACCAGAAAGAUCUCAGCAAAGCGAUAAAAAAUCAGAAGUUCCAACAAAGACUUUAACUCAGGAUGUGUCCGAGAAGAUUCCUGGAGACUCUCCCAAGAAGAAAAAGAAGAAAGCCUCUCGCGGGAAGGGCCCGACUGGAGGAGGAGGACCGAAAGACAAUAAUAAAGCAGCAGGGACUCAAAGCGAGACCGUGAAAAAUGUACCCCCCCGAGAUGAAUCUCAAACGGCAGAGGAGGAGCUGCGGAGGGAGCUGGACUGGUGCAUCGAGCAGCUGGAAAUAGGGCUACAAAGGCAAAAAUCUACACCGAAACAGGUGGAAGAAGCCACGCGCGCCAUCAAGACCCUGCGAAGCGAGAAGGCGGCGUUGGUUAAGAAGCGCCAGGUCAUGCGGGCGAUGUUUGGGGAUUACAGGAGCAAGAUGGAGCAGGAGAAACAGAAGCAGCUGAGGUUAAUGCAGAUCGCGGCGCAGUCUGCUCGGGUCAGCGAAGUGACCGGCGUUGCGAGGCGAAAGAGCAGCAAAGUCUUCAGGCGGAGCAUCAAUAAAACUCUCCGUACCCCAAGAGCGCAUCACGCCGGCAGCCCAGCUCCCCGCGUCUCCAAUUCAGAGCCCGCGGACCCCGGAACGCCAAGUCAACGAGUGUUUGUACUCGCACUGUUGAAUGAGCCUUUCUGCUUUAAUUUUCAAGUAUAAAACGUAUCCCUCUACUUAAGUCUAGUUCUACAUAUUUAAAUGUUCAGAGCGGAUAUUUAAUAAUAAUGCACUUCAACUCAUGAGGCUAAAGAGGUGUCUUUAACCUGCAAAGUGCCUUUUUAUUUGGAUUCGGUGACCCCCUGUAAAAAGAUUUGUGUUUAUUAGAGAGAAAAAAAGUAAUUUUCUUUGGUUUUUAUUUCUUUGUCUUUUGUUUUGUUUUUUUUAUGUAAAAAACAAAAGGUAAUUAUGUUUUAUCAGGAACUAUCAGAGGAUGUUGCUGGGACAUUGUCAAUAAAAUAAACUAUAAAAAAACAAAA